CAUCUGGUGCCGGUCGCGCUCACUGCACACGGCGUCGCCUCUGACCCAAACGUACCGCGCCCGUACACACUGAUAACGACGGAGCCGCCCGAUCAGUAUACUCUCCCCACCAGUCCCCACUAUCGCUCUAAGCGCGCCGGAGGAUGAUCUGCAGCAGACGUUCCAUCCAGAACAUCUGGGCCGACUCGCGUUUUUGCGAAGGAGCGUUCAUAAGUUUUCGCGGGAGCGCGCGCUUUGUGUGCUGUGCAUAAGAACACCGGGAAGCGCGAGUGGAGAGCACUGCUGUUGAUAUUCUGACGGAGAACGCAAGCAAGACAUGGCUCCCCACACAACCGAUGCUGUCGAAACGGCCGAGAAGAUAGUGCAGACGACAAAACCUCCUAGCGUUGACAGCGACGCGGUCGCGUCUGCCACCACACAAGUCAUGGAGACCCCCGCUGAAGCAAUUCCUGUCGCUGCCGCUGUCGAUAGCGUAGCCGAGGAGACGACCCCUGCGACCCCAGGUGUCGCCUGCCAGACAGAAAGCGUGGUCGAUGUCGAUGAAGAUAGCAGUAUCCAUGACGACACUGCUGACGAGCUGGAGAUCGACGUCGAGACAUUGCUAACCGAGGCCGGCAUGCAGCCUCGUGGGGCCGUGUCUCCUCCCUCUGCGGUUAAAAGCUCCGGUCCGAAGCGCCCUAUUGCAACAGGGUCCAAGCCUAAGUAAUGAGCUGCGUUCGUGAGCAUACGCUCUUGCGAGCUACGAAGUUCUCGCGAAACUGUUCGUAUAAUUCUGUGCUGGUCGCAAUUGUCAUUGCUCAGACCACCGAUCAUAUGACAAUGUUAUAGUAUAUUAGUAGAGACCGACAAUAGGCAUCCUCCGUUCAAGUGUCCUUUAUCAGAAAGCUCUUACUCAACGAUCUGCCCAGGACCUCCCAAGCUGCCGUGAAUUCUCACGUGAAUCUUGGCUCAUGGCCCACGUAGCGUUGUCAGGGAGAACCCCGCAAGAAAGACCACACUGGAGAACAGACAAUGUAGAAACUUACCACUGCCCAUCCGUAGGACGAAUCGGACCCGGUCGUCUGUAAUCGUCCUUCCUGUCUUCAUAACACGCCACACGACCGCAGUGCGCUGCAGCAGGACAGCGGCGAGACUCGAUAACAUAACUGAAGAGGAAGAAUUAGUACGCGAUGACCAGUGGUCUUGGGCCUGCCCUCAGCGCGCCGAUCCACACAGAAAUUCGUGUUCUCAAGGCUGGGUGACUGAUGGCGGCUGCUGCCGAGCCCGACGUCCGGGACGCGUCGUCGACGUGCUCUGCGCGUACGUGAGAUCGACCAAUCCGUCGGAACGCGGCACGCUGACUAGCCUGCUUUCAACG